ACUUAAGACACGGUCAUUUUUCAGUGGGACUCUUUAUUUUCUCAGCAUCAUUUGGAGGUAAUAAAAUGUCACCAGAUCGGACGGCAAUCGGCAGCGCAGUUUGGGAGGCAGCUUUCUCCAGAAAGCGUUCUCACCUGCAUAAGUCAAUGAAACAGCAGCCAAGCAGGGAGCAAGGCUGGGUGUAAAGAUGUGUGCACAUAGCAGGGCUGUGCCUCUGCUGGGGGACAGGGCUGGGACAUGUCCCAGAUCCAUCUCCCUGUGCUUGGCAGGGGUUGUCCAGCUCUGCUGCCACUCUUGCCGGGUCCCCGCUCUGCCCAUCACUCUGACAUUUAAUUAACUGCCCUGCCCGCCUGCAUCUCACACUGAAUUUGGAUUGCCUUUCUGAAAUACUUCUCAGACCACGUCUGAAUAAGGAUAGCAGGAGGGAUAAUAAAGUGCUCGUCGCUAAUGUUGCUAUGACUCUUAUUGUGCUGAUGAUAAUGAAACAAGGCACUGAGUAUUGUGGAGAUGAGUCGUGCUGUGGUCAGUGUCACUUCUCCUUGCUGUGCUGGUUGUCUCACAUCAGAGCGAGCAGGGGCCUGGCCUCACAGCAGUGUUGAGGACAGGGAGCCCUGGCCAAACAGGGACCCAGAACUAAGAACAAUGAAGGGGUGAGAAGUGAGCAGUGAGGACAAUAAAAUUGCAAUUAAGAAUUAAAAACACAUCCGACUGAUUCCCAUGUGAAAGGGUGAUUAAGCUUAUUGAAAUCUGUCUGUGUGGCAUGGCUAGUGCUGGUGCUGGUGGUGGCUCUCCACUCCCCGAGGAGCUCUGUGCUGAUAUCCCUGCUGGUAUCUGCCCCGUGCAUGCCCAGAGCUAUCUGUCUUCCUGCAUCCCAGUCAGUCCCCAUUUGGCAUUCAUCCCAUUUCUCUAGCCUCAGUCCCAGGUUGCCCUCCAACAUUUCUUACAGCCCGUCCUCCGCUGGCGGGUGGAUUUCCUUUGCCUUAUGAUGCUGAGCAGCUGAUCUCACUGCUGGGACCUCUCCAUGGUCCUCUUCCCAUACCCAUCUGCUCCCUGCACUGCUGCAACUGGAGCAGCUGUGCUGUCCCUGGGACAGCUUCGUGUUACUCAACACUUUAUACCCCCGAUAGCAAAUUCCCCCUAAUGUUUUCAUUUCUGUCCUUGCAGUUCCAACACCAGUGGUGACCAUUCUGCAGGACCCCCAAUGCUGUGCCCAGUGUGCCUCGCAGCCCCCCCAGACACCAACUAGCAGACCUUCAUGACUUCAGCAGGAGCCAGCAGCAACACACAGGCACAAAGGUGAACUGAGGAACCAAGCACGGACAGCCAGACCCACAGAGACACACAGAGAUGGGGACCAGCGUUAUGAUAGGCAGCAGAAAGAAAACAAGGAGAUGUACUAUAAAAAAUGAGAGGAAGGCUUGUCUCUAAGCCAAAGAUACUCCUUGGCACGAGCAUCCAAAUUCAUGACUCCCUCCCCAAGAUGCCAGAGACCUGGUGAUGCAGGACCAGCCUCAGCCACCCAGGCCUUGAGAGCAGCCCCCGGCCGGUGGCUGCCGAGCUCCUUGGGCACCGAGGUCCACGUUCACCACGGACGCUUCCCCGCACAGCUCCAAGCCAUGAGGAGAAGAGAAAGAAGAACAAAGCUGCCGAAGGAGCUCUAACCCACGUCUUCCCGGCCCCUGCCUCUCCCCCAGCAUCCGGCAGACCAGGAACCCCUUCUCCACGCCUCCCUUCCAGAUGGCAGGUCGCCGGUGGGCUGCGACGUCAGCCUUCUGCGUGUGCGUGGCAGCCGUCUCCCUCCUGCACACUGGCGGGGUGCGGGCAGACUGCUGGCUCAUUGAGGGGGACAAGGGUUUUGUCUGGCUGGCCAUCUGCAGCCAAAACCAGCCCCCCUAUGAGUCCAUCCCCCAGCAAAUCAACAGCACCAUCGUGGACUUGCGGCUGAAUGACAACAAGAUCAAGAGCGUGCAGUACGCCUCGCUCAGCCGCUUCGGCAACCUGACAUACCUCAACCUGACAAAGAACGAGAUCUCCUACAUCGAGGACGGUGCCUUUUCAGGACAGUUCAACCUCCAGGUGCUGCAGCUGGGUUACAACCGCCUGAGGAACCUCACCGAGGGUAUCCUCCGGGGCCUGGGGAAGCUGGAGUACCUCUAUCUCCAGGCCAACCUCAUCGAGACUGUCACCCCCAAUGCCUUCUGGGAGUGUCCCAACAUAGUGAACAUUGACCUGUCCAUGAACAGGAUCCAGAGACUUGACAGCAACACUUUCAGGGGCUUAAACAAGCUCUCUGUCUGUGAACUCUACAGCAACCCCUUCUACUGCUCCUGCGAGCUCCUUGGCUUCCUGCAAUGGCUGGAGGCCUUCACCAACAUGACACGCACCUACGACCGGAUGCAGUGCGACUCCCCACCAGACUACACGGGCUACUACUUGUUAGGCCAAGGCCGGACUGGCUACCGCAAUGCUCUGAGCAUGCUCUCUUCCCUUUGCACCGGUGGCUCCUACACUGUGAUCCCUCGUUUUAUCCCUCCCCGGUACCAAGUGACCACAGUGCCCUCCGAAAGCCCGUGCUCCGAGGAGGAGUGCUCCUCCGGUGACGGCACCACCCCACAGUUCUCCCUCUUCACGCCCAUCGGUGAGACAGAGGUGCGGCCUAACAUCCAGGUGAAGCACCUCAACCACAACUCGGCCGUCCUCACCGUGCAGAUCCCCUACCCCUUCAGCAAGAUGUAUAUCCUCUCCCAGUUUGAAAACGGCUUCUCCUCCAUGAUCACCAAGCUCAGGAAGAAGGAGGAGAACAUCACCGUGAGCAACCUAGUAGCACAAAGAGAUUACACCUACUGUGUGGUCUCUGUCCACCAAUACUCCAAGUACAAUCACACCUGUGUCACCAUCACGCCCACCAGACCCAACCGCAAGGAGCCGGUGCCCACUCCUUCCACUGCCACUCAUUACAUCAUGACAAUCCUGGGCUGCCUCUUUGGCAUGGUGAUCGUCCUCGGUGUUGUGUAUUACUGUCUCCGAAAGAGGCGCCAGCAGGAGGAGAAGCACAAAAAGGCUGCCAGCAGCAUGAAGAAGACCAUCAUUGAGUUGAAGUAUGGGCCAGAAAUGGAGACCACCAGCAUCACCCAGCUGUCCCAGGGACAGAUGCUGGGCGGGGAGACCGUGACCCGCAUCCCCUACCUGCCUUCUGCUGGUGAGGUCGAGCAGUACAAGCUCAUUGACAGCAGUGAGACCCCCAAGGCCACCAAGGGCAACUACAUGGAGGUGAGGACGGGGGAGCAGCCUGAGAGGAGAGACUGCGAGCUAUCCCUGGCACCGGACACCCAAAGCUCUGUGGCUGAGAUCUCCACCAUUGCCAAGGAGGUGGACAAGGUGAACCAGAUCAUCAACAACUGCAUCGAUGCCUUGAAAUCUGAGUCCACUUCCUUCCAAGGGGUGAAAUCGGGGGCAGUCUCCACAGUGGAGCCUCAGCUGGUGCUCUUAUCAGAGCAGAUCCCCAGCAAGCACGGAUUCCUCUCCCCUGUCUACAAGGAAAGCUACAACCACCCCCUCCAGAGACACCACAGCAUGGAGGCAGCCCCCAAACGCUCCAGCACUUCUUCCAGUGGCUCCAUACGGAGCCCCAGGUCCUACCGCUCCGAGGGAUCGGGCCACAAAUCAGAAGCCAAAUACAUUGAGAAGACGUCCCCCACCACCGACACCAUCCUCACUGUGACUCCGGCCGCGGCCAUCCUGCGGGCAGAGGCGGAGAAGAUCCGGCAGUACAGCGAACACCGGCACUCAUACCCCGGCUCGCACCAAGGGGAGCAGCACGACAGCAUGGCGGGGAGAAAGCCUUCCAUCCUGGAGCCUCUGACCCGGCCUCGUCCCAGAGACCUGGCCUAUUCCCAGCUCUCGCCGCAAUACCACAACCUGAGCUACACCUCCAGCCCAGAGUACACCUGCAAACCAUCGCACAGCAUCUGGGAGCGCUUCAAACUCAACCGCAAGCGGCACAAAGACGAGGAGGAGUAUAUGGCAGCCGGCCAUGCCCUGCGCAAAAAGGUCCAGUUUGCCAAAGACGAGGAUCUUCACGACAUCUUAGACUACUGGAAGGGCGUCUCUGCCCAGCAAAAGUCCUGAGUCCUCACACAACUUGUGACUUAAAGUAACUGGACCAAAAGAAAUCCGCAGCAGCUAUUUUUAUUCAGACUGUCUUUGAAACAAACAAACAAAAAAUAACGAUAUUAAACAAAACAAUAAAAGGAGAGAACAAAUCUAUAAAUAUUCUAUAUAAUAUAUAAAGUGAGAUAUUAAAAUGCCCUCACGUUGGUGAGACACACACCAAAUUUGAACAUAAACUUUACAAAACAAACUGUGAAGUGAAAAAUAAAAGUUUUGUUUCAUUCUGAUUUUUUAAAAAAAAAAAAAAAGAAAAAAGAAAAAAAGAAAAAAAUCAAAUAUGAAAAGAAGGUGAAGGAGCGGGCAGAGAGCGGAGGUCUGGCGUUUCCCAGUACUGCAUUGCAUGAGUCCCUAUUCCGUGAUUUUGUGGAUUCUUUGUGAACAGUUUGUGUUCUUUCUUCCUUCCCUUCCAAAAAUCAACAGCAACAAAAACAGCAACAAAAACCAAAAAGAGACCAGAAGGAGAUCUGUCCUUUGGGCUGUUUUUGCAAACGGAGUCUUCCAGUUUAGACUUUCACCCGGUCGAAGGCCCGUUCACAUUUUCACUCACUGAGGUUUUACCACACAUUGCAUUGUAAACCGAAGUCGUUAAUUGUACAGAGAAAAUUUCUAUAUUUGCAAUGUUUGCUGUAUAAUGAGAAAGAGAGAGGAGAAAAAAAACAAUACUACAUCUACUAAAUAUAUAUAUAUAUAUAUCUAUAUUCACAUGUUUGUACCAGGUUUUAAUCAUGGAUUUUAGAGAAAGAGAUGGAGUUUGGAUUGAAGGACUUUUUUGUUGGUUGGUUGGUGAUUGGUUCAUUGGCUGGUUGGUGGAGGAGAUAUUUUUGGAGGGGGCGGGGAGUGUUUGGGUUUCUCUGUGGUUUUGGUUUCUCCCAACCAUUGUCUACAUCCAAGUUCUGAUCACUGUCAAGCACAUGUACCCAGAAAAGCAAAUCAGCCAUGCUAUUCCAUGUGGGACACCGUCACUGCUGGGAACAGGAAAGGGGAUGAGAAGGGAAGAGCUCUUGGUUGAACAAGUGCCAACAAGCAAUGAGAUUUCUCCUCAAAGUCAGAAGGUAUCUGGAAUCUCUCCUCAUAGUAUAUGAGGCGAUGAGUUAGUGCAGAAGUCUUCCUGCUGCUCUCCAGAGGAGGACAUCAUUGAGGGGUGGUUUUGCCAAGGGAGAAGUUUUAAGCAUUUACAGAUUCUCCAGAUUGAAAACAACUACAGAGGGCCCAGGGUCCCUGCUUCUCUCUCUUGAGACUUCCAGCACCCAACAGCCAGGGAUUUCCCCACAGAUAGCCCCAACUUAGAGCAGCAUCGGGCAGCGAGCACAGCACCUCCUGCCUGCAGCCCUGGGACUGCCCACAGUCCAGCUGGGCUUCCAUUGCUGUGAGUGGCUUUGGAGAUGGGCACCCUGGGGUCUCCAAGGCAGGAGAGAAGAGGAUGGUGCUCCAGGUCCAGUGUCCACCCAAGCAGCCACGUCCGCUUCAACCACUGCUGUGCAAUGCCUAUCUGAGUCUUGACAGCAUUUUGCCCUGUCUCUGAAAUACACACAAUGCCCUACUCACACAGUGAGGUGGAAGGAGGGAUGCAUUCAGACCAUGCUGUGGAGGAACACCAUUUUGCCCUUAUUGGCUCCAGCUGAGUUGCAAACCUCCAUGCCUCAUCCCACGGCUGAUGCAGAGUGGGGCCACAUUAGGACCAGGGAGCACUUUGCUCCCCUCAGUGAGCACAUGGGAUCCUAGCGAGGAAGCCCAACACGGUGACAAACAUCCCAAACACAGCCCUUCAGAGCCCUGCUGCUUCCCGUGGUCUUUCCAUUGCAUCCUGCUCACAAGUCUCUUUGGAUGGAAUUCCUUAGUCCUGACAAACAAGCACUAGGGCCCAGCAGCAAACUACAUCCCAUCCUGUUAUUUCAAUAUUUCAAAGUGAUUUUGACAGGUAUUCUUGCAAAAGGUUAUGUUUGUUCAGAAAUGAGCUGAGCUGGGAAGACACGGAGCAGGCUGGGAAGCGCGCGAGUUCAUUCCCCAUGGUUAUUUGUGUAGACAACAACCCAUUAGCCAGGUUUCAUAAUAAAAGGCAGGCAAUUUCUCCAGGAAUCCAUUCACUCUGCAUAACGAAAGACACGUUUCUCCUUCUCCUCCAGGUGCCUGACAUCCUCCCCACAGCGUGCAGUCUGUGAGCAGGACCUGGAAAGGAGCUGAGCAUCAUCCUUGUAUUGUCCCAUGAUGCCAUGAGUCGGUCCCCAAAUCCCAGCUGUGCCAAAGCAAACCCUCCAGCCUCAAGCAGCUUCCUUAGGAAGCCCUCAGUGCCUCUUGGAGGAGUGGGAGGUCAGCAAGAACGGAUGCUGGACACAGCAGCAGGGCUCCCUGUAGCCGGGGGGGUCAUUUUGCCCCUCUUUGCCUCUAUUUCCUCCUCUGCACAACACUUCUUCGAGGUGCUGAGGGCGCAGGCUGGUGCGGGAGGCUCAAUUAAUUAAUUGCCUGUCUGUGAAGCCUGUUUAGCUCCUAGAAUAAAAGCUGCUAUAGGAAAGCAAAGUUGUUAGCGGCAUAAAACAGCAGGGGCAGAUGAAAUCAAAGCCCAAUUCUGUUUUCACACCAGGAUUUCUCUGGUCACAAACCAACAGAGACCAAUGCGGGAUAUGUGAUACAGCAGCACUGGCCUUUCAAAAUUAAACACUUCCCAGAUGCAAACUGCAGCUAGAGAAAAGGAGGAUCAGAAAAUAUCCACGUCCUUCUGGCACUGAGGGGAGGUACCUCCACAUGCAGAGCCCUGUACAGUGGGGCAUGCUGUGGAGCUCAGGGAGCUCUGGAUGACCCUCAGGUGACAAUGCAGUGACUGUGCUGCAGAGCACACUCCAGCCUCAUGCCUCCAUGACAAGGCAUGACCAACUUGGGUGUCGCAGGAUGGGGCCUGGGAAACUCUGUUUGUGGCAUUCUCCAUCCCCCAGGGGCAUGUACUUCACAGACCCCUCUGAAAACACAGGGAAAAUGUCACCACCUGCCAGCUGUUGGGUGCUUUUCUUCUUUGUUUUACCUUCUGUUCAACCACUGAAGCUCCCCAGCUGCAUCUACAGAUGAUGCCCUGCUUGGCCAGGGCACUGCCCCAGUGCCAUCCAAAGAACCUGGAGGGCUCCUCACCAAGCAGAAAGGAGGAGGCAGAAGGGGGAGGGCUGAAGGGCAGCGAGAGGCGAUCCAGGCAGGAGCAGCUGUGCAGGUGGCAGCCCUGGAGAGGCCAAACAUGGCAUCGAGUGGAGCUGCUUGGAGAGGGAUUCUGUGAGAGCGAGCUGUUGCUUCCCUGCGGCAAUGAAACAGAGAAAAGGAGCCGAGGGAUUUGUCGCCACUUCUGCUCUGAGUCACACCUAGAAAUUUCCUCUCUGGCCAGAGGUCACAGUUCCACCACCACCUCCCAGGGUUUCUGCUCCCUCAAAGCUCUUCUGGUGCCUCCGUGCCCCUGCUCUCUGCUCCCCGCUGUCACACUUCAGUAGUCCCCAUCCUAUUGCCUCCUCCCAGCCCACCCUAUACCUACUACGACCAUAUGGAACUCCCAUAGGACGAUGCUGACAGCCCCAGAGCCACAUACAAAUGUAUUCUGCUGAUGCCUUUUCUUUUUGCUUAAAACACUGUUUUUCAAGGGCAAAAUCAAGGUAGGGGCAAAAAGUGAUCCCCUGACCCUUUCCCCAGCAUCUUAGACCAGCCACCUUGUUGAUGGGUGAAUCAGAGCCACAGCACCCACAGCUCAACCCUUGCUCCUGUCUGGAGUCAGCAAGACUUGCCUAGUGCUGCAUUCAGAGCCUGGUCAGUUUUUAAGAUGCUAUGAAUUCGGACCGAAAUGUAUCUUCAUACAGACAUGCACCAUCUGAGCCCUGCAGGCACCCACCUGCUCCAGUGCACACUGAUUUUGUCCAUGCAUUCCAAAGCAUUUGUGAUGUGCAGUGCCCAUGGGCAGGAACGUGGGGCUGGUGGCUGCCUCCUUCUCCACUGCCCAUCCCCAGCCCUGCACCUGAGCCCAGUGCUGGCUUCGGGUGAGCAGGGAGCUGGGCACAUGGGGGCACGGGGACAGAGCAGAGGAGAAGGAAGGGCUUCAGGGGUUACCCGGGAAAAACCCCAAAAAUGUACAGGGUGUGAAUGGGUCCUGUCCAGAAUAAAAUUGUUCCUUAGGGGAGAGCUGUACAACACAUUCCCUUUCCUUCUGCAUCAAACCACUGCUGCCAGCCAAUGCCCAAGGCCCAGAAGGCAGCAAAGCUGCCACCGGUCAUGGCCAUUGGUGCUGGAGGAGCCAACCCAGUACCUUCACCUUGGCUUGAAGCUCUUGGGCUUCACUUGCAUUCACUCACAUCCCUCUUUUUCAUAUCUCCUUUGUAUCGUUGUGUUCUACCCUUCUUGGCCAGAGCGCCAGCAUCACCAGAAGGUUGGUAGAAGUUAUCCAAAUGUCACCUUGAGAGCUUUGCAGUGGCCACACAGUGCCCUCCGUGGGCUCAUCAGAAAGCAGGAGAACCUCAGCCCUGUGCUGAGCCCAGCUCACCAAACCUCGAGCACUACAAAUGCAGAGCUUUGUCACACCAGGGAUUUUAUCAGGAAUUGAAUUCAUUCACUGCAAAAACCUUUCUUAUGUCCAGGAUCAGCAGCCAUGCUCAUUCCCACUUCUCACCCCACCCCAGCACUUAAUGAAGUGGAACCGUUUGAUCCAGAGUGAAAUCAGUUUUCUGGACACAGUUUCCUCUGUGCCAGGGAUGAGAAGACACAGAAGUACAGGAAUAGGGAUUUUCACCACCAAGCAGGAUGCCAGUUCUCACUCUUGUUUUCUACCCUUUAGUUUGGCACAAAUGAGGUGGCAGAGAGCCCAUUUCCCACCCUCUGCAACUCCUCUGUCCCUGCAGAGCAAUCUGAAUAGCCUGCCAAGUCUCUGGCUUUGCAUGUUUGUGACUAUUUAAUAACUCAAUGGGAAUGUGAGCGACACGGGUGCACCGCUGCUCCUCCAGGUGCUCAUCACUUCUCACCCACCACCACCACCUCUUUUCUUCACACAAAGCUCAGCCAUCUGGAAAUAGCCAUUUGCUGCUCACCUUUACUUGCCUCGCCAUUAAAGAGCUCAUUAAUGUACUCCAUCCUUGCUUUCUUUGGGACUAAAAGAUUUCCAUUUCUCUCUUUUAGCAGCUUUCUCGUGGUUUAUAAUCUUUCCCCUCCUCACCAGGCAGUGCUCUUUUCUAAUGAGCUCUUCUCUUCUGGUCCAUCUUUUCCAUUAAGCUGCACAAGUGCUGUCCCUGUGCUGUGUUGCUCAUCUCUGAGGGCUCUCUUCUGGCCCUGUCAUGUUCUUCAGUGUUUCCAGCUGUGAAAAGAAGCACUCAGCCUCCACACAACACCAUCCUUCCUCCCACUCCACUCACUUCGUGGGUCCCAGCUCAAUGCAGGGGCUAACCCCACGGCAGCAUCCUCCAUUGGGCUCACCCUCAUCUCCAGGGAUGCGAUGGGACACCUCAACACUUGUGCUCAAAAGUUCAUGUAAUUUUUUUUUUUCCAGCUGUCUCAGGUGUUGCAAUAAGAUGUAUUAACUCUCCAUAAAAACCUCACCUCAAUUAUACCCUUAGAUCAUUCUGGCUGUAACAAUACUACACCCACUGCUAGGUUUGUACGCGCACAUCUGUCUGGGAAAUCUCAGAAACGUGGCAGCCCCGAAAUACGCGAGACAUCCUUCAAGUGCUGAUAGCUGACAGCCCCCAUGCUGCUCCACAGCCUCCUCCGGCCUCGCGAGGUGUGCACAGCUCCUGAAGGACAGCAGAAGGAACACUGCGUGGCUGGGGAUGGGAUGCGAUGGAGACGGGCAGUAGGGGCUGAGGAGGUCAGGGGCACGGCUGCCCCCAACCUAUGUCCAUGGUGGAUGUGGCUCUGAGCCAGUCCCAUUCCCCAGCAGCCACUGCUGGACAUGGCUGCAGGUCUCCAGGUGAGGAUGGCACGUCUGGCACCGGGGCACCAAGCCCCGCCUGGGGCUGAUCUUUUCUUCUUUCCCGAAGAAGAAAUCAAAACAGCAGCAGGCACCCUAGGGAGAUGCAGCAAGUGGGAGGAGAUAGCUUAUCCAGAAUCCAAUUUAGCUGGAAGGAGAGGGAAAGGUUGCGAGAUGUUCCUCCAUUAAGAAAGAAAAAUAAACAUGCAAGAGAGAGGAACCAGUUGUCGACGUGCCUGUGGGGAAGUGAUGUGGAUGUGUUUGAUUUUAAGUAGCCAAAGCAAAGCUGGGGUGGAUGCUGGACCCAGAGCGAAGGGUGUUUCAGCCCAGGACCAGGAGGCAAUGGUCAGGAGGAGGUUCACAGAGACCUGGAAAUCAUGGAGGUGAGAGAGCUGUAAGCAGCACCACUUUUAAUCUGUGCAGAGUGCAUGAAAUCAGAUAAUGUAAUUGAAAAGGUUAUUUAAACUGAAUAUUCAGAGGAAAAAAUAAAACAUUGCAGGGAAAUAGUAAUACUUAGCACUUGUAAUGUGCUUAGCAUCUUCAGAAACUGGUCAGCCAUUACCUGAUUGUUCCUCUGCUAAGUCCAAAGGCUAAUAAAAUGGGAUGGUUCAUUUAGCUGUUUCACAGCUGAGCUUCUCAAUAAGGUACGAGGAAGAGAGAUCACCGCUCUCCAACAUGCUGGUAAACAAACAGUUGGAAGCAGGAAAAUACAACGGAACCUCCGCUCUCGUUCACAGAUUCUCAGCCAGCUCCUUCCUCUCCCCCUUGGCCCAUUGCAGGGAGCUCAGCUGGUGGUCUGCCCUGGGAGCACCACCCCUGGGUGCAGGUCCCUAGCAGUCCCAGAGUUCGGUGUCUCCUGCCUGGUGAUGAGGUGCUCCUGGUCACAUCUGUUGAAUACCACGGGGAAGAGGCAACGGAUGGAGCUGUCCAACACGCGUCCAACCCAAUGGAUCUGCCCAACGCCAGUUCAUUCCUGCUUAACCUCAGAUCUCCAUCACUGCAUCAUGGUGCUUUGCAAGAUGACUCUUGAGCUGUUUGCGUGUGCCCCUGCCUAGCACUAUUCCCCUGAGGUGGGCUUUGUUGGGGUGAGGUGGUGCAGGGGUCAGGACCUCACUGAUGUGCAGGGCUGGAUGCAUCCCCCUGAGCUGGGAGACACAGGGAUAGUGCCACGUGCAGAGGCAGCAGCAGCCAUGUCAGGGCUCCAACACAGGUUCCCAAGCAGAGGAAAUUCAGGAUGCUGCGCGCUAGCAGUGCCAUGCUAUGUUCUGCUAAACACUCAUGCAUGGCCGGGCAGCAGAUAUACGGACCGUGCAAGAACCGCUGAUUUUCUUCCACCCAUUUUUGGCAUAACGCAGCCCAAUGGGUGUGUAUAAACAAAGCAAGUAUCUCUCUCGCUGGACCUCAUGCAUCAUUUAUAGCCAGCUCUUCCAUGGCACAAGAAACAUUUACAUAUGCCAGCAUUAAUUCCAAACGCCACUUCAAAGCCAUCUCUGUCUAAUGAACCCCGCGUGCUGUGCACAGCAAAUUCCACCCGAAAAAUAAUUAGCAACACACGCCACCAAAGCACUACAAGGGGAACACAGCACACCACCUGCUGAAGCAAAAUGAAUGCCUGAUUUAUUUUUUUCCCCACUUUUUAGCAAUAUUCCGGCUCUGACUCAAAGCUGUGCUCCGUUCUGAGCUAAGGAGGGCCCUGGGAAGUGUCACAUUCCCACUCCCUGGUGAUCCUACUGCAACAUAUGGGCAGCCCUGGUGUGACCAGCUCAGGAAAAGGAGCUGACAUCACCAAAAUUAUUCUUAAAGCAGCACAGUGCAUCCCACACCAGGAGCAAUGUGAUUUAGCUCAAGCCCUGACACAGUAGCUGAUAACACUGAAAUUGCCAUGGGAAACCCAGGUCACACAUCUCCAUGAUGGAGGUACAGAGGCUGAAGCCAGAAGGUGGUUGCUGGUGCUGGGCGUCAUACCAGGGUGAUGCUGAGAUCCUGGGCUCCCCUGGUCCUGUCUUGCUCAUGUGCAGGAGUGAUGCUCAGCGGGACGUGCCUGUGCCUCCAGCACCCAGCCCUGCUGUUCCACCUGUCACCCUUUGCCUUGCUGGGAUGCAAGGGGUUAAACUGCUCUUCCUAUGCAAAUUAGGCUUAAUUAAUCCUUUUCAUCAGUUGCAAAUAUACCUUCUGAACCCUAUUAAAAACAUGAAUAUGCAAAUUCAGACCUUUUUUAAUACUCAUUUUCAAGGACUUGGAGUCAGGCUUGAUUAUUCGACUCCCGUUAACAGCCUGUAAAACCUGGUGCAAAAUUUAAUUUCCAUUUAAAGUUACCAAAAAAAAAAAAGAAACUAUUGGUAAUUAAGCUAAUUACAGUGUUACACUAAAGAGGAGACAAACAAGGAGGACAAGAUCAUUCAUUACAUGUAACACCAGUUGCAGGACCUGGGGACUAUGGAAGGCCAAAGGUAAGUGAAGCCAGAUAGGAGAAGGGAUGGGAAUGGGGUGCACCGGGGCAGCUGGGCUGGUAGCUCUCCCUUUGACCACCUCUGUUUUGGCCUUGUGAGCCACCCCCCUCGUCCCCUUUUUUAGGAGUGAGGAGGAGGAGGAAUGCAGUGGGCUGUGGCAGAGGUGUCACGGGGUCUCUGCACAGGGCAGGAAUGAGCUUGGGUUGGAGGCUCAGGGACUUAAGCAAUCCAUGCAGGUGGGAGUUCCUCCCGCCCUGAGCACUCUAACUGCAUGACCUCAGUCAGCACACUUUGGGAGAUGGAAACCACAGCUCCCAGUCCCAGGCUGUGUGGUUAAAUGGAGGCUGUACUGGUGACGUGGCACACUGGUGCCACGUGCUCACCCAAAGCCACCCUUGGGGCCAUGCACUGGGGCCCAGUGCUGGUGGCCCCCACCGUGCCCACCAACCUCCUCACACCUCCCAGCUCUGCCUGUGUGUAAUUAAAAAAAAAGUGCUGUGAUAGACUAUUAAUUAUGGUUUACCACCACAGUGAUCCCUUAAACUCAGUCAUUAGCACUGCCUAGGAUCUGUUCCGCGCUCAGUCUUUGCUAAUGAGUUAGCAAAGCUAACAAGUGAUUUGUCACCUCAGGGCCAGCAGCACACUGUGGCACGUUGCCUUGCACUGUGUCCACACCAGGUGAAGGAUCCCAUGGCCCAGAUGGAAACCCCUAGGUGACGCAGUCACGCCAGGGCUCGGGGUACUGCAUUGUUGGGCAGGAGGGUCCAGCUUGAAGUGAGGUGUUGGUUACCUGCAGAUGUACCCAAAGACAUUGGCUGGAUGGAUCCACUCGAGAGGCGUCAUCUGGAAGGCUCUUCUCUCUCCUCCUCCUCGCUGCCAGGAUGAGCAGCGCUGUUCCCUGUGGGUUUGGUUCAUUCCUCACCAUCGCCUCCUCUCCGAGGCUGCUCCUUCCCUGCUGGGACUCGGCGAGCAGAGCUGUCACUUCAGAGCACGCCAAUCAAGGGCACUGCCUCCAACAGCGGGACGGGAGCGGAGCAAGCACGUACAGCCCCAAGGGCUGCAGCGUGAGUCCCAGAACGAGCCGAGGAAGGGACGUGUAUGCUGAGCUGCAGAGGGGAGAAGUGGUGAAGGAAGGACGGUGCCAUUUGCCACCGCUGUGCAGCUGGCUGCUCCCCCUUUUGCACCCCAUGGCCAGUGAGGAGUGUGAGGCACCUCCAGACCGCAGGACCUAAGCAAGGUUUGUGCUCUGAUUUUCCUUUAGAAUCACAGAACCAUUAAGGUUGGUAAAAACCUCUCAGAUCACCAAGUCCAAACCCAACCCAU